GCCUCUGACGUUUAUUAUUCUAUCUCUGUCUGAUAAGUAGUCAAAAGGAAAAGAUCUUUAUGUUGCGUAUAAAAUAAGCAAGUAAAGGAACAUAAAUGUCCACUUUAAUCACUAUCUUUGACUAAAAACGCUUUCUACAUAUAAUACGUCUAUGGUUUUAAUUAGAUACAUUUGUAUAUGAGGUAUUGUUGCUAUUUUCGCUAGUUUAUUUCAAGGUUAGACCUUCCUCGAAUGAUCCUGCAUAAUGAUAUAUUUACAAUUAUUGCAUAUGUAACUUUGAAGUUAAAUCGAUGCAUAAUUUUGUAAGCAUAAAAAUAAUAAGGGAAUGAUGGAUAAAAUUUUGACCAAUAUGUUAUGCAUAACUCGACGUUUAACAUGUAGAUCCUGUGUAACAUUUCAACCUUUAAAAAAAAUAAACAAUUAUACCUUACGUAUGUAUACAAAUUAUAAUAAUCGCUUGCAAAGACCAUGUUUUUCUACUUCCAUACCAAACUUUAAUGUUAUACAAAAACGUCAAAUGUUUAUUCAAACACAAGAUACACCAAAUCCCAAUAGUUUAAAGUUUAUACCCGGUGUUGAAGUGCUUCAGCCAGGUCAAACUAAAGAUUUUCCGCAUGUUUCUGAUGCAUACUGUUCACCUCUUGCAAAAAUGAUAUUUCGUAUUGAAGGUGUUAAAUCUGUAUUUUUUGGACCUGACUUUAUUACAGUAACAAAAAUAGAUGAAGAUGUUGAAUGGAAAUUAUUGAAACCAGAAAUAUUUGCAGUUAUUAUGGAUUUUUUUGCAUCUGGUUUACCUGUUUUAAAUGAUGACCAGCCUGCAACAAUUGCUCACAGUGAUGAUGACAGCGAAAUAGUACAAAUGAUAAAAGAAUUAUUAGACACGCGCAUACGACCAACGGUACAGGAAGAUGGAGGUGAUAUUGUAUUCAUGGGUUUCGAAGAAGGUAUAGUAAAAUUAAAAAUGCAAGGUUCUUGUACAAGUUGUCCGAGUUCUGUGGUUACUUUAAGAAAUGGAGUCCAAAACAUGAUGCAAUUUUACAUCCCAGAAGUUCUUGGAGUAGUGCAAGUAGAAGAUGAAACUGAUCAAAUAGCUAAGAAAGAAUUUGAAAAAUUUGAAGAAAAAAUUAAAAAGUCUGAAAAUAAUGAAAACAAAUAGAUCUAAUUAUAUAGCAAAAAUCUUUAUGUAAAUAAAUAAAUACAAUUUCACUCUU